CAGGCUCCUCCGCAGCCCCUCGCCGCCGGUGUUGGUGUGGUCCGUGCCUCCCUCCGAAGAUGUGUGACGACGAGGAGACCACCGCACUGGUGUGCGACAAUGGCUCGGGGCUGGUCAAAGCGGGCUUUGCCGGAGACGAUGCCCCCAGGGCUGUUUUCCCGUCCAUCGUUGGCCGCCCGAGGCACCAGGGUGUCAUGGUUGGUAUGGGUCAAAAAGAUUCCUAUGUGGGUGAUGAAGCUCAGAGCAAAAGAGGUAUCCUUACUUUGAAAUAUCCCAUUGAACAUGGCAUCAUCACCAACUGGGAUGAUAUGGAAAAGAUCUGGCAUCACACUUUCUACAAUGAACUUCGUGUGGCCCCAGAGGAACACCCUACCUUGCUCACUGAAGCCCCCUUGAACCCCAAAGCUAAUCGUGAAAAGAUGACCCAGAUAAUGUUUGAGACCUUCAACGUGCCUGCUAUGUAUGUGGCAAUUCAGGCUGUCCUGUCCCUGUAUGCCUCUGGUCGUACAACAGGUAUUGUUCUCGACUCUGGUGAUGGUGUCACCCACAAUGUACCUAUUUAUGAAGGUUAUGCUUUGCCUCAUGCUAUCAUGCGCCUGGAUCUGGCUGGCAGGGAUCUGACUGACUACCUCAUGAAGAUCCUCACAGAGCGUGGCUAUUCCUUUGUGACAACAGCUGAACGUGAGAUUGUUCGUGAUAUCAAAGAGAAAUUGUGCUAUGUUGCACUGGACUUCGAGAAUGAAAUGGCCACUGCUGCCUCUUCCUCCUCCCUGGAGAAGAGCUAUGAAUUGCCUGAUGGUCAAGUGAUCACGAUCGGUAAUGAACGUUUCCGCUGCCCUGAAACCUUAUUCCAGCCGUCCUUUAUUGGUAUGGAAUCUGCUGGUAUUCAUGAAACUACCUACAACAGUAUCAUGAAAUGUGAUAUUGAUAUUCGUAAGGACCUCUAUGCUAACAAUGUCCUCUCGGGGGGAACGACAAUGUACCCUGGCAUUGCUGAUCGCAUGCAAAAGGAAAUUACUGCACUUGCUCCUAGCACUAUGAAGAUCAAGAUCAUUGCCCCACCUGAGCGCAAGUACUCUGUCUGGAUUGGUGGCUCCAUUCUAGCAUCUCUGUCCACCUUCCAGCAAAUGUGGAUUAGUAAACAGGAGUAUGAUGAAGCUGGUCCAUCCAUUGUCCACCGCAAGUGUUUCUAAGCACUUUUCCCCUCAAUAUACUUCCCACUCAGGAUGACGACAAUAUGCUUCUUGGAGUCUUCUGGCAACCCUUCCUGAACUCUUCAGUCAUUGUACAGUUUGUUUACACACCCGUGCAAUUUAUUUGUGCUUCUAAUAUUUAUUGCUUUAUAAAUAAACAAGAUCUGGGACUUGCAACCUACAAA